AUGGCGGAGAUCUCUGCAGUGACCAAUAGCUUCAUCACUCUAGCCCUGGGCAUGGUGUGGCUGCUACGGAGAACACUGUUACCUUGUGAUAAAUUAUUAGUCAGCCUGGGGGCCUCUUGCCUCUGUCUGCAGUGGGUGGUGAGAGGGAAGAGCAUUUAUUUUUUCCUGUAUCCAGGGGCCUUUCCAUACAAUCCUGUAUUGCAGUUCCUGGCCUCCCAGUGGGACUUGUUGAACACUGCCACCUUAUGGCUCUUCACCUAGCUGGGUGCCUUCUGUUGCGUGAAAACCGCAACCGUCAUUCAUCCUCCCCAUCUUUUCUGGCUAAAACAGAAGGUGUCUGGAUUGGUUCCAUGGAUGCUGCUCUGUUCUGAGAGGGUUGCAAUCUUGGAAGGCUAUUUCUUCUCUUUAAAACUUGUUACCUGGACAGUCUUUGCUGUUGUCUUUCUUGUUGGUAUGGCUUUGCUCAUGUCUCUGGAAAGACACACUAAGAAGGCCCUGCUCUCCAUUGUGGCCUGUGACCCCAGUGCCCGGGCACACACCCAGGUUCUCCUGGCUCUCAUCUCCUUUGGUAUCCUUCUCACCUCCUAUCUUCUGUCAUUGGUGCUUAGCGCUGCAGGUGUUUUUCUCUUGGAAUGUAGGCGUUGGGUGUGGCAGGCAGUGAUUUAUCUGUGCACAGCGGCCCACCCCAUACUGCUCUUGAGCAACCCCAGGCUGCGAGGUGUGCUGGAGGGGGGGCCGCUAUGCAGGGUGCUGAGUAUCUUGAGUUGCAAUUAA